CUGUGCUGCUUGUUAACAUUUAUUUCUGCUAUUCUGUGUUCCGUGCCUUGUUUUUGAAUUGUUGAGAAAAUCCUUAAGUAUGGCGGACGUGAAAGCAUUGGAGCACCCCACUCUUAAGGUUCCUUAUGAACUGUUGAAUAAAAAAUUUCGUUCUGCUCAGAAAAACAUCGACCGUGAGAUUUCUCAUCUACAAAUUGUUGGUAAUGACUUGGAGAAGUGCCUGCAGAAGAAGCCUGUCACCGUUGGAGAGGUUACAAAAGCCCUUGAUUCAGUCGUCGAAAAACUGACCUUUCUUAAACGCAAGGCUGAUGAAAGUAUAAACGACGAACUGGAAGCUGCUCAGAUGACCAAACGCCGAGUGGACCACUUGAAAGAAUAUGAUAGCAACCAAUCCAGUGCUGUGUCAUUGUGGAAGAAAACGCGCCUCGACCGAAUGUUAGUAGAGUAUUUUCUCAGAGCCGGCUAUUAUAACGCAGCACUCCGGUUGGCAAAACACUCUCAUAUUGAGGAUUUAACAAAUAUUGAUCUAUUUUUAACUUCAAAAGAAGUGGAAGAAUCUCUUCUACGGCGGGAGACGUGUCUUUGUUUAUCUUGGUGCCAUGACAACAAAUCAAAACUGCGGAAAUUAAAGAGUACGUUGGAAUUUAAACUCCGCCAACAAGAAUUUAUUGAACUUAUUCGAAAUGACCAGAGAUUGGAAGCGAUAAAGCAUGCCAGAAAGUAUUUCACAAACUUAGAAGACGACCAAAUGGCAGAUGUACAGAAGAGUAUGGGGCUCCUGGCUUUCCCUUCAGACACUAGUAUUAGUCCAUACAAGGAACUUCUCGAUCCGAACCGAUGGCAGGGAUUAGUGCAACAGUUCAGAGAAGACAACUUCAAGCUACAUCAGUUGAACAACAUGGCUGUCUUUACAGCAACCCUUCAAGCUGGUUUAUCUGCUCUCAAAACUCCACUAUGUUAUAAGCCCGAGGAAGAAGUGACCAAGAAUCCCGACUGUCCAGUGUGUAGCAAGCACUUGAAUGAAUUGGCACGGCCCUUACCCUUUGCUCAUUGUGCUAACUCUCGGUUGAUUUGUAACAUCUCCGGCCUUCCAUUAAACGAAAACAAUCCCCCAAUGAUGUUACCCAAUGGUCAUGUCUAUGGCAUGAAUGCGUUGGCUUCAAUGGCAGCAGAAAACGAAGGCAAGGUUGUGUGUCCAAGGACUAAACAGAUUUUUAGUCUAGAUGAAGCCGAGAAAGUAUUUGUCAUGUAAUAUCGACACAUGCAGUUUUGUAGGCAUACAUAUGUUCACACAAUGAAAAAUGCAUAUUCACAUGCUUACACACACACACACACACACACACACACAUCCAGACACAAUAAACAAUCAGGAAUAUGUAAUCACAUAUAAAACUCAUGCAUUCACAGAUACACAAGCACACACAUAUACACAUACAUAAUGAAUAAAAUCUCGCACACACACACACACACACACAUAUACAUGAUACAUAAAUAUACGCUAGCUCUCAGAUACACUUCACAAGCAGAUGCAUGCAUGCACUGUUAAAUAUCCUCUCUCUCUCACACACAUACACACACAUUUAUACACACCCAAAUGUAUACAAACAUAAAGAUAUGCACGCACACACACACACACACACACAUGUGAAAGAGAAUCAUUCUAUUGUCAGGAGACAAGUUUUUGAGGUGAAUUUCUCCCAGUUAUAUAUGUUCCACAUCAACCUGGACCAAUGUUAGUGCAAAUCUGACAGAAUACACAAUACUUUUGUACCCUUCCCCAUCCAUCCCUGGGGUUAGCAUAGGCAAAAUGGGUGGGCAGAGUGGGUGUUGGUUAACGCAAAAUCAACCCUGAGCAAGCAGACCCUAUGUAAUCGAAUCAAAAGAAACGUUCCAGCCAUGGCCAUCCCUGUUGCUAACAUACAAACUGGCACUACCUACCUUGCCCACAUUUGAAUCCUCUAGGGGUAGAUGGAUGGUCAAUGUGUACCCCGGUGUAUUACUAGCAGUGGCUCCUACUUACCCUGCCCAACUCCUGUCUUGUGACCUACCUGCUAUCAUUCUCACUGUCAUCCCUGGGUGUUAAGAGAGAAAGGGUGGAUGGUUGGUCAUCUUAUACCAUUGCUGAUAUAUUAAAACCACUAGCAGUGGAACUACCUACCCCUCCAGCCACUCCUGAUAUUAAAAAAGGCUGGAUGACCAUCUUGUAGUUCUUCAUCCACUCCUGAUGUUGAGGGUGGAUGGUCAUUUUGUGUUGGUGCUGAUGUGAUUUAUAAAGCAACUAGUAAUAGCACUAACUGCCCUCUCUUGUGACUCUUGGUGUUUACUAGAGUGGAUGGCCAUUUUGUAGUCCUUCAUCCACUGCUGAUAUCAAGAGGAUGGAUGGUCAUUUUGCUCUGGUGCUGAUAUGAUGUAAAAAGCAUAAAGAAAAAGUAAU